UCCCAUAUUGUCUAGUGGUUAGGAUACCCGGCUCUCACCCGGGAGGCCCGGGUUCAAUUCCCGGUAUGGGAAUCUUUUUUUAUUUUCAAUCAGAAACCUCAAAAAUUGAUUGUGACAGCAGUAUAUUUCCCCGUUCCCUUUUUUUCCUCGUAUUUUGAAAUUUUUAUCUAUUAUUUGAUAAGCUAAGCUCCUCCCUUACAUCCUACCUGCGCAAUCUAAUUCAUAGGGUAUGUAGUUUGUUUGUUGGGCGUUAGAGUGCAUCUCGGUCAUUUCAAAACUUUUUCGUCUACAGUUCAGUGCGCGCCACUUCGGGACACAGUAGUCAUCAACAUACAGCCGGACAAUGUAGAUGCAAAUGUUUUGUGUCUUCCUCAACAAUACAGUUGUUUUUUGGCCGCCCAAAAGUUCGUCUGAAAAAUUGUUGUGUUCUGGUGUAUCUCGUUAGUUUAUUGCUUGCAUAUUUGGUCGACUUAAUUUGAUUAGAAACGCAAAUUACAUCGAGAUUUCCCACUGACACACGUGUGGUAAUCGAUUCUAAGAAAGAUAUCAACAUCUAUAAUUUCAAGAUCGAUGCCAAAUUACUUUGUGCUGUAGCUGUCACAAACUUCUGCCGAUGAAAGAAAUGGACAAACGAUUGUACGUCGCCUGGAAUAAUUUCGCCAAGCACGAGCUGUGCUGCCCCAAACGCUGCCAAUGGCUCGAUGUAUUCUUAUAUCUGGCGCUGAAACACCAAGAAUUCCGCUUUCCUCAAUUUUUCCGUGGCAUGUCCAGCAUUUUGAUUGAACAGCUGUUGUAUGACAUCAGCCGGAUUAGCAACUCAGUGCUGGGUGGAGAAAAGGAGAAAUUAACCUACUGCCUACGAGGCAGAGGAUGGCUUCUCUUGCACGCCUUAUCCUCCUCCAAUUUAAGGAGUUUAGUAGGAGUUGCCGAUUUGGCAGAUCUUUUGAUUAAUCUGUACGGAAUCCAAUCAGAAAAUGAGCCACCUUCUAGUCAAUCUCUGGCUCUUUGGCCAAUGACAGAUCUUAGCACAGUCGUCACUCGUGCUGACCUCAAGAACGUGAAAAAGCCACGACAAAAAUAUUCCAGGCGUUCUGGUCGGUUGGAUGACAUCAAAAUCACCAGUUCCAGGGAUUCCGUCGACGGAGUGGUCAAGAUUGAGUUGUCGGACCGUUGCUGCCACCCAGACGACGACGAUGUAGAUGAGGAAGGCGAAUGGGUUGACAAGAAAGAGCUCCCGUGUUUAUCCGCGAAAUCGUUCAACCACUUGGCGCUGUCACUUUUGGAACAACUGGUCGGACAUCACGGAGAAUGUCGCCUGAAAUCAUCUCGCUGCUUAGAUCACCGAGUCAUGACUUUUGCCUUGCAUCGUUUACAACCCGGGAUGCAUUGCGAAGAGCAGAGGAGGCUGUUUCGUUUGAUUCUCCGUUGUAUGGUCUCCAUUGUUCAGCACCGUAGACCAUUGCAGGGCGAAGAAGUUAUCCAUCAGUUGACUGAAAUAGCAGCCGCAAGUCAACCCAGUUUUGCUGCUGACGUGGUUGAGGGCCUCAUACGUUUUCUAGCUUCUGUUCAUCCUAUCGAAGACGACGUUCAGUUUCACCAGUGGCUCAAUAACUUCCAUAGCCAAUCUUGCAUGCAAUUGAUUGUCAGUCUAACAAAAUCGGAAUCUCGAGAUAUUUCAUGGAUCCCACUGAUUGGAACCAUCAUCGGCAACGUUUCCGGUCGAAAUUCUAAAACACCUUUCCAUCAUCACCACGUAUUUGGACAGGCACUGAUCGAUCCUGAUCAACUUGGUCGAGAAUCGUGCUCCAUCUCUUCCCUUUUCUACAUUCUCCUGCAAGUGUAUCAAACGUCGAAUGAAAAUGUCCAGAAACUGGUCCUCACCGCCAUCAAUUCUGGAGGACAUCCAUGCUGUUGCCUUCCACCGGAUAUUAUCUACCAGGUCUUGUUUGAACGAGUACUAGAGUCGCCUGAAUUCCUCAAUGUGCUGGAGGUGAUUUUCCGCAGCACAGGUUUCGCAUCCGCUCCCGUUUCCAUGAUCGAUUACCAGUGUCACUUUUGCCGCUACAAUGGCGGCCAAGAACUGGAACGGUGUCGUCGAAUGGGUGUCUACGCCUCUACUGAAUCUCUCAGCAAGUCCUGCUGGAACAUGGUCCUACCCGAUCCUUGGCGUUCGUUCGAUUUCUACACUGAUUAUGUUUUGACACGCAUGGACCAACCUUUCACGCUGUCCAUGGUGAAGCAUAUCCAUCAAUUGAUUGAAGUUGGAACGACUCAAGUCAAAUCAGAAAUAUUCGCCCGCGUAUUUUAUCCGAUCCUGACUCUGCCGACUUCUUUUGGAACUGCCAGCCCAUCCGAUCGCUCCUCAAUAGCCGGACAGAUCACUGAAGCCUGCUGGCAAAUGACGGCCAAUCUAGUCCGCCAAAGGAGUAUAUGCGAAUUGUUUCUCAGUUCCAACGGAUUAGAACUGCUGCUGGAUUUAUGCCGAUCACCCGAAUGGUCCUGGAACGUCGCCCGAGUCCUCCAGUCGAUGAUUGGCAUCCAGUGCCAGUCCAACGAUGAAGUUGAUCUCAUUGAAAACGUCGACAUCAAACUAACUGGGAUGGGCGAGGCUACGGCACUGGCGAUUUUGGAACACUUGCUGGUGCACCACAUGUCCUACAUCUUGCGCAGCUUAGAAAGUCAAGCACCGUCGACCGACAAUUGGGAUAUUGAAAUCCCCGAACUCAAGGAAGCGACCGACACUGUUGGAUUAUUUGAUUCCGUCUGGGUGAAUCAUUUGAAGACGUUUGAUCAUUUACCUGGAAAUCUCAAAACCGCGUCCGCCUUAUGGGAAACGACUGCCCGGCUGUUUGUUCACAACCGAGCCUUCUCUUCGUGGUUUAGUAAUCAUUCUUUUGUCAAAUGGAUCGAACUCAUUCUUCCCGCUCUCUGCCGAUACUUGUCCAAUCCCCUUGCGCCGCAUUGGACGUUGUACGCUGAUCUUCUGGAACUCUUCCUCGCCUUAUCUCUGCUCUCUGCUUCUUCCAAUGCUGAACAUCGAUUGAAAAGUAUCUUGGAACAUUUUGCUCCGCAACGGAACCUGUCAAACGUCUACGAAUUGCUGCUGCGCUGCUCUACUUUAGAGCGCUGGAUCAAUCCCGAGAACCCCAUCCAUUCUAGAGAAUCGAUUUCGUCGAGAAACGGAACUCAGUCGGACGGUUACGAAGCGGAUGAGGAACCCGUUACGUUGGAACCUUCUGCUCCGAACCAAAGAUCGAAUUAUCUUUUCUUUCCGACUAUUUUCCCGCAAUUGUUGCUCAAUUUUUCAAACUGGCAAUCGAAAACCACGGAUAAUGAGGAAAGAGUUUUGCUGUUCCAGGAUUUUCUGACUGCCUUCAAGCGAAUGGCAUCCAUUUGCUCGCAUCCGCCCACAGCCAUCGUUCUGAGUAAUCAGGGGUUAUUGACGAUUCUACUGAAAGAAUUGAAACCGAUCCUGAUCUGUUCCGACUCGUCUGGUAUCCGCCAACAAGUCGUAUGGAUGAUCAGUUGCCUUGGCAGCCAAAGAAUUACGCCCGGUGAAUUGCAACUGCUGGUCGAUAUGUUGAAAGAAGACAAUCCACCUUGGAAAGAUCUCCUUCCCGUGUUCCUGAACCUGAUCCAGACAGAUGGCUACAGACCUACUCACACUUUAAGUUUUCCCAGCCGAAAAGUGAUCGACGAUGACGAAGAAAAUUCCCUGCACCUAAGUAGCGGUUCUAUCGAAUCUUUCGUUCAACUGAACGAUAUCCGCUCAGAAAUUUUCACUUUGACGAAACAUGCGAUGGAACUUGGACGUCUACAUGAAAGCAAAGGGAUCGGAUCAGCCUGGAAAUGCGCUGCAAUAUUCCUACCUAUUUUGACGGAUAAUAAUUGGAACAUGCAAACGGACGGGUUAUCACUUUCAACAUGGCUUCUAUUGUCGGAAGCCCCUCGUCGGAAGAGUCCGAGAUUUUCCAAUCCGGAAUGGAGGCCGGACCUUCAAGAUUGCACUGCAAGUUUUCCGUGGGAGGACCCGACUUGUGGGCGUGAUUUACAUCUUUUCUCAAUGGGCACCAGGAGCUUCCUUGUUGAAUUUUGGGCUGAUCCUGCCGCAGACAACACGCUACUUGUCCGUCUUAGCCAGUCCACCCACUCUCAAAGCCAGGCGCUGGCCACACAAACUUUGGAUUUGAAAAUCCCUUCUGGCAGGUGGAAUCAUUUGGCCGUUAGCUGUCGCCAAAGGUCUUCCGCAAACGGCUACCACCGAGUGGUUCACAUUCAAGUGUUUUUAAACGGAUACCAAUCGGCCAGUCUAGAUCUGAAAGUGCCACUCAGUCCGAUGAAACGGAUAGGCAACUCUCAUUCGUUCCUGUUACUCGGAAUCGCUGCCGUGUCAAAAGCCAAAAAGAUAUUGACUCCAUCGUGGCAACUUGGAAAUGCUACCCUCUACAAAGGCGAGCUACUUUCGGCCGAAUUAGCUCUUCUGUUGAUGGCCCUGGGUCCGAACGGCGGCAUGUUUCUCGCUACCUGUCAAGAUGGCAUAACAAGACCCAACUUUCCUCGUUUCCUUCACUCGAAAUUAGUUGACCAUCUGCAAGAAUGGGACCGACUUUUAGAAUGGGAAAAGUUAAUGGAUACUUUACAGUCUAAUCUGUUAAUGACGUAUUCGGCUCACAAGCCUGAAUCUGUGUUUAUUUAUCCCUACAUAAUAUCACCAACCGCAGGAAUCUUUGGUUCAAUUAUGCCAAGUGGGUGUGUCUUUAACGCCAUUUCAAGCGAUCCUCGUAGCAGUCAACAACCUCCGAUCGCCCUUUCGGUUGCAGUGGCCGCACCUUUAACGGCCCAGUAUCACAUGGGCAUUCACGCUGCAAUGAAGCAACUUGGAGGCUACCCAGUUUUGCUCUUUCUUUUGGGUUAUGCCAUCGAAUCAAAGACAGAUUACCAGGCUCAAGCGUUGGAGAUUUUGUUGUAUUGGCUACGCUCGGACGCCCAGGAGGCCCAGCUGUUUGCAGCCAAACGCGGUUACUGGAUGCUCCAGCAUGUUUUUGAAGCUGAUAGAUGUCGGCCGGGAAAAGACUUUGCGGCCGUCCUUUUGAAUCUCAGCUGUUCUAGUCCAGUGGUCACCAAAAAUCCUAGUCAUCAUUGCGAUGCCAUUAUAGUUGAUCCUCAUCUUCUCUCCUUCACCGUUCAAUGCUGGAAGAACUGGCAGAGGUACCGCGAUACCACCGAAGGAAAUACGCUCGACGUGGUGUUGCAUACCCUCCAACAUCUUUUGCGUGACAAUCAUCGCUACCGAGAUUUCAACGUCAAACAAAUGGAACGAGCUGGAAUAUUGGAACUUGUACUCCAUUUGGCUAGAGAGUCUUCUCUCUAUGAAGACUGCAUUCCUUUGACAGAACAUCAAGCCAUCGUGACGGCUGAUUUGGUAGAAGGAUUAAUUGGAUCUCCCCCGACUCUCAAUAACUUGAUGGUCGUCGUCGAUUACUUGCUCUUGCUUCACCCAGCCGAACAGACUUAUUGCCCUACUAACUCGGCAGGUUUUUCCUACUAUUUCCUGCUCACCGCUAGAGAUCCUAGUUUCAAUGUUUUCCAAUCGAGAAACUGGAAAUUACCAGAAGGAUACGAAACUUUCGCCCCGGAAUCUUCCAUUCCGCAGCCUAUGAAUGCAAAUCAACUUGGUUCAGCCCUUCGUGAUGUCAUUGUAAAAUGGUCGGACGGAAAUGAAAAAGUUGAAGAAAACAUCUCUAAUAAUCAGAAUGUCGCGGGCCUACCGGAUGUAAGCAGUUCCAGCAAUUUGAGUACUUGCACCAGAGCUGAAGCGGAUACUACUCUAAGUCUUCACCUCCUGCGAGUCUUGCUUGCUUGCAUCCGCGUUCUACCUGAUUCCAUGGUCAAGCAAGUCGCCAACAGCAUCAUUCGACCGGAUACUUUGGUGGUGUUGGCGCGACACAAACGCGAUAAAAUGCGAGCCGGAGCCAUCCGGCUAUUGCAAGCGAUUCUCAACCGAAGUGAAGAAGAAGAGCAGAAUUUCAUUAAGCAGCUGGGACUGCUUCUUUUGGCCAACCAAUUGCAACCCUAUGCGGCCACAACCCCAGUGGUAGAAGCCUGUGUGGGACUUUGCGUUGGCGUCGACGUCAUUCUUGAACAAGUUUUAGAUCCAUUCGCCAUCUGGCCAGAGAAUCCGACACCCCUUCAACUACAGUCAACCGUCCUUCUGUUGAGCUUGCUGCCAAACGCUGCUCUCGAUCCAGCUCUCUUUCAUCAGCUGGCCACACUGAUUCGAACCCUAGCUACUAGGUCCAAUCAAAUUCUAAAGUUCCUAUUAGACCUUGGUCUAGUCGAGACCAUGGGCAAGUCCAUAGUCGCCUUGGCACACGCCACAAAAAACCACCCGGGCGAUAUUCUAGAACAGCGCGAAGAUGAAAUACUCUUGGAAGCCAUACACAGGAUACUUAUACUCAUCGCCACCCGGACUGUUGGUGCUUCUGGGAUUGCUCCAUGGUCAGUGUUCCAGGAUAUGAUACAGUUGUUUCACUACAUGGAACGAGUAGAAAGUGGUCGUUGCGGAUUCAAAUCACGCUGCGUUCGAAUGCUGCAUGAAAGCUGUUGCGUCGUCCUGAAACAAGCCAUCCAGGCGAUCCAGCAUCGAGUGGAAUUCCACAAAAUCGGCAGGCAGCAGCACCAGCUCUUUGCCUUUCAACCUGGGACAUCUCAUUUUCAGCACGUUUCUGACAAGGUUCUGAAUAUUGUGCUUCCGGUCCCACUCAACCGCAAAAUGAAAUUGGAUAAGCCACCAAGUCAAUCGGAAAUCCUAGAAAGAUUUAAAUUUACUCUAGCCAAAGCAGUUGACCACAUUACGCUCAAUGUGGAGCAAAACACUUCCUCUGUAGAAAUAGCCUUCAGUCAAGACUUGCUGGUAACUUUGGUGCGGGGUGUAUCAUCUAUCCUGGAGCGGCCGAAAUCCAACGGCUUCCGCCACCUAUCUAACGAUGCCUUAACAGAUUGGUCACACUACUACGCACCGGAUUCGAACGAUCUCGUUCGCACCCUCUUCUGGAACAGUCGACAGACGAUAAAGACUCAACUGAAUCGAUUGGUUCUCUUCUUAUCAAGCCCCAUCCAGCUUCCGACUAUGCUCCAGUUUGUAAUCAAAACACUCUACGACGAUCCUCACCACGAAGAAAUCUUCAAACUGAUUCCACCGGACGAAUCCGAUUUCCCGUUCACUUUGGACACAUACCUCUGUCAUUUUCUGCACUCGCGAAAGUUUGCCGACAACGUUGAACACAGCACAUUGAUUAGAAUUCAUUGCAUCAGUCGUUGUUUGGUACCGUCGUACCAGCGUCGACGAUGCCAGAUACUGGAUCCAGCCCUGUUAAGGGAGCAGUUUGAACUGGACCGCACUAGUUGGUGGAGAAUGCAAGAAGAAACUCAAACCCGCAUUCUUUCGCGGUUUGAUCCGGUGGUCCGGAUGACGUCAGAUCUUGCAGCCAAGUGGACAACGAUGGCGGUUGAGUCGCAAAACAACAUUCGCCGCAUUUUCCUGAGCCGUUUGCGGUGUGAUCAUGGUUCCAAAGUAUUAGCUGCCGGAGGCUGGACCGAGUUGGUCGAUCAAAUGACCCACCAGAGAGCAGCUUGGCAUUUAGCAAGUUCGUACCUUCGCGGAUGGCAGCUAGAUCCGACCGAAGGAUAUCAACGAAUGCACCUCCGUUUAAAACGAUCCGCUCUGAACGUCGAUGCCAAAUAUCUUUUAGAGCGUUCCCGUUGUCUGCUACAACCAGAAAGACUACCUCAACCGUUAGAAUCUAUCUUGCGAAUGUCCACAAUCAAAUCGAUUGACGACGCCAUCGUCCAUGAAGACGAGAAAAUCCUACGGACCAUCAACUGUUGGCUCGUCACGACGACCGAGGAAAUAAUGGGCGAACUUAUUUUUACUGGAAAGUGGAUGACUUUCUUGUCUCCAGAGUCUGAGAAAUCAUUUUCCUGUAUCAAGUACGACGAUGUCAGAGAGAUAUUGACGCGUCGUUUUCAGCUUCAAGAGCGAGCCUUGGAACUCUUCCUAUGCGAUAGUAGUACGCAAUUUUUGGUGUUCAACAGCUUUGAGGAACGCAACUGCACCCACCGCGAGCUGAAUGAGCUGUGCCUCAAACUGAUUCCUUCUGAGAGUCUAGCCGAAGUGACGCAAUUGUGGCGGGAAAGCCAAAUCACCAAUUUUGAGUAUCUGGUCUUUCUUAACAAAUUUGCUGGACGAUCUUACAAUGAUUUGAUGCAGUACCCGAUUUUCCCAUUCGUUCUGGCUGACUACGAGUCACCGGUAUUGGAUCUGGAUGAUCCCCAUGUUUAUCGAAACUUUAAAAAACCCAUGGCCGUCCAGAAUGAGAGUCGUGAUCAACAUUAUAUUGAAAACUACAACUACCUCAAAAGGGACUUUGAAAAUAGACCGGAAGGUUCAGGGCCGAAUUUUGGACCAUUUCAUUAUGGGUCUCUGUAUUCCAACCCGGGUAUAGUCCUUCAUUUUCUCGUCCGGCUGCCGCCUUUCACCAAGCUAUUGAUGGAAUAUCAGGACAGAAACUUUGAUGUGCCUGACCGGUCGUUUCAUUCAGUCGGAACAUCUUGGCGUUUGGCCAGUUCCGAUUCAACAACUGACGUCAAAGAGUUGAUCCCAGAAUUUUUUUAUUUACCCGAAUUUCUAGUCAACGCUCUCGGUUUCGAUUUCGGAAUGCAACAAUCUGGUGAUCCUGUUGACGAUGUUCAGCUUCCACCUUGGAGUCUGGGGAAGCCACGCCUUUUCAUUCAAAUCCAUCGACAGGCUUUAGAGUCCAGCUGGGUCCGAGACCAUCUCCAUCAUUGGAUCGAUUUGAUCUUUGGCUUCAAACAGACUGGACCAUCUGCGAUAGAGUCCAUUAACGUUUUCCAUCCGUCCACUUACGCCGGAUUUGAUACUACAGAAGGAGUCAAUGACGAUCCGAUUGAACGGAAUGCGAAACUCACUAUGAUUCGAUCAUACGGUCAAGUGCCUCGCCAACUCUUCCGCCAGCCACAUCCUAUGAGCGUCCAGCCCCUUAACGCUAAAUCCAUUCGCCGGAGUCGCAAUCUCUUGCCGUCUGUCGAACACCUCCAAUGGGGCUGUUAUGUGGGCUCGCCGUCCUGUCAGGCUCCUGUAUUGAAACAUAAAGAAUCUUUUGCUAUUCCAGUCCAUUCCUUCCUCCCGUUGCGAACUGGAGAUACUUACGCUCUGGGCCCUUUCACCACCGCCAUUCUGUCCCAUUCGUACGACAAGGAUUCGUUCCUUGGCCGACCGACAGGGAUUCUAGGGGUGGCAUUGAUCUCUUGGGGUCAAUCGGACGGAAUUGUAAGAAUCAAAAUCCGGAAGGAUGAACCUGUGAAACCUCUCUUUCAAUCGGAAGCGCACGAUAGCGUGAUUUUAUGCUCAACUUUACCGGAUUACAACAGGAUCUGGGUUGCCUAUCGAUCUGGAAUCAUGCGGGUCUAUCCUUUUCUGUUUGACCCACUGAAACCUCAUUUUGAGUUGACUGGACCGCCGACAGUUCUCUCUGGUCACGUUGGACCCCUUCAACAGCUCGUCUUGUGUUCGUCGUUCAGCCUCGCUGUCUCCAGUGGAAGUGAUGGAUCAAUUAUCCUCUGGGAUCUUCAUUCUUUGAAUUUUAUCCGUCAGCUCACUCCAGGUCUAUCAAAUGACCGGAAAGAUAUAAUACUACCAGUUUCUCAAUUGGCCGUCAGUCGUAAUACAGCUGAUAUUGCAUGCGCUGUCAAUCUGGACGAUCAGCAGUCUCGGCUGGAAUUGAGGUCAGUCAAUGGGCAUUUGAUCGGCAUGACAACGACGAAUCCUCUCAUUACUUCGUUGUGUUUCUCAUCUGCUCCCGAGGGAAUUUCUAUCAAUGUGGUAGCUGCCGGGCUAUCCAAUGGUCGCAUUAGAUUGUGGGAUACUUGGACCCUAAAUGUCGUACGAGAUAUCAUCACUGACUCCUCCUUGUCGAUAGUCAGUUUGACAUAUUCGAGCACUUCACAGCAUUUACUAGCCGCUAGAAACGAUGGUUCUCUGCUAGCUUGGGAUAGUCCACAUAACCACAAAAAAUCGCCUCGCUUCCCACCCUUUAUCAAUUUAACUUUGCAAUGAUGAUACUUUUCAAACCCGUAGAUAUGAUAUGUAAACGCGAUUAAAGAGGAGAUUUUCAUGAUUUUAAUCACAGGAAAUUCAAAAAAGGAUAGAAUCUCUUGAAAAUUUUUAUAAAUUUAGCUUUAUAAUGUUACACAUGCAAAUCUGAAUAUAAUUACGGUAAUCUAUUCGCAAGAAA